AUGGGUCUCAUUGACCCUGCCACUGGCGCACCUCUCCCCGAAGAUGCAAUCCAGCGCGUCCUUUUCAUCGCCAACGCCGUCCAUGUCUACAACAUCCCACCACUAAUGUCUAUGGAUGGAUACCGCGCAACCUCAUGGACUGUCGAUCCCAAGCGACAAAUAUUCACAGGGCGCCUGCGCGUCGUGGAAACAGCCUACGAGUCACCGACUGCCGAAGAGCAAUCCAGUAUCAAGGUCGACGUUGUUAUAGAAGACCCUUCCAACGGGGAAUUAUUCGCCGCAGCCCCAUAUACCGGCACCUUUGUUGUUCAAGAAGUCCUCGACAGCAGUCGCUUUUUUGCGCUGACCGUGCGUGAUCCGAAGGGGAACAAGGUGGUUAUUGGUAUAGGAUUUGAGGAUAGGUCCGACGCGCUUGACCUGAGAGUUGCGCUGCAGCAGGCUCAGAGGGCUCUAGGUCUGGAAAAGAAUGCGGAUAAGAAGGAAGUGACAAAGCAGGUGGAUAAGGAUUAUAGCUUGAAGGAGGGCGAGACCAUCACCGUCAAUAUUGGCAGCAAGUUGGGGAGAAGAAGGCAGCCAGAGUCGCCGAGUACGUCUGAUCCGGCUACGUUGCAGUCUUUUGCGUUGCCGCCUCCGCCGAGUGCUGCUGCGGGUUUGGGAGGUGCUGAGCAACGCGGUGGGUUUUCUUUGCCGCCCCCACCGACUGCGGAUGAUGUGAAGAAGAAGAGGAGAUCAUUGCGUGAUUUGGGGUUCGACGACGGUCAGUUUGGGGAAUUUCGGUAG